AUGGACGAACCCGACUCGGGAACAGAACCCAUACUCGACGAACCAAUGGAAACGUCUUGGCCAACAACCCCUUCCUCAGGCAUACUACACUCCGACGACAACUCUCCGUUGGAAGCGGGUGUGGUAACCGAUGAACCAGAGAACGAAACUUCAGCGUUCGAGGUUAGUUUCACCUUCCAACUGGAAUCGUUGCCGUGCCCAACGAGCCCCGCCUUCUGCGGUGUCUCGGAAGGCAACGCGGUAACCCGGCCAGAACAUGUGGAGGCUCUCCACACCGAAUCAUACUCAACGGCAUCGAGCCAAACCAUUAACAGCGUCAUUCUAGUCGGCAACGCAAACAUCAUUGGAGAAGCCGGAUACUGGAGCGAAAUAUUCCGCACAUGCCGAUACGCACAAACGAUUCUCACCGAGUCUCAACUACCGGAAACGCAAUAA